UUGAUUACCUUAUAACUUCUUCAAUGCUUACAUUUAUUUUAGGAUAAAGAAAAUUGGUUUCUUUAUAACUGCUUGUGUGAAAGUAAAUUGCUUACUUUAGAUUUUCUUAUGUGUUAAAAUUAUGUGCCUUAAAAUGUCUUACCAUAGGGCUAACUGGUUACAUUAUAUACACUUUUAUGUAGUAAAUUGAAUGCUUAAACAUGUCUCCUUGUGGAGAAACAUUGGAGGAAUACAAAGAACAUGUGUCCCUUUAGACCCCAUGAUGUAUGAACACAACUUCAAGCUCCUUGUGUUGCCCCUCGGGCAAAAUAAGGGAAACUCUGGGACGUUUGUCAAAGGAUCUUUUGUUAUCAGGAGAGUAAAACAGGGAAAUCGGCAGAGAAAGCUCAGUUAGUUCGUUGGUCCUCGGUCUUUUUGGUUCUUCUGCUGCUGGUGUGGUGCCGUGUGUUCUCUGCCCUGCUCUUGCUCUUCUGCUUCCAAAAAACAGCGGCCUUCAGAGCAAUAGAUUUUUAUCUUAGGGACUCUGACACCGUAGCGCUCGGUUCAGACUCUGUUUUCUUUUUAGUUUAGAUUUAGAAAUCCAACCUCGGCUCCACCCGAGAGGACGCUUGGUACUUAGACUUAGAAACCCAACCUCGGCUCCACCCGAGAGGACGCUUGGUACUUAGACUUAGAAACCCAACCUUGGCUCCACCCAAGAGGACGUUGGUACUUCCAACCUCAAGGGCCUCUUGAGAGGAAGCUAUAUACUUUAAAUAGGAAACUUCUUUAGCACUAACUUAGUCUUAAGCGUGAUUAACUCAACAAAGGCAACUCUCGGGGUCAUGCGGUGCACUGAGGCACGAGAGUUGCGUCAACGUUAAAACCUAGACUUAGAAACCCAACCUUGGCUCCACCCGAGAGGACGCUUGGUACUUAGACUUAGAAAUCCAACCUUGGCUCCACCCGAGAGAACGCUUGGUACUUAGACUUAGAAAUCCAACCUUGGCUCCACCCGAGAGAACGUUUGGUACCUAGACUUAGAAAUCCAACCUUGGCUCCACCCAAGAGGACGUUGGUACUUUAAAUAGGCCAUUUUUCAUCUAUUUUCUUCUUCUUUUUACUGUCUUUUCUUUUCAAAUCUAUACUCAGUUGUAAAAGUGAUUUUGUUUAUUGGACCUAAAAAUAAAUCUACCUGACUACAUUUGUAGUAGGUUAACUCAAUCGUUCGAGUCCUUUUCCCUGUCGACUCCUCGACACAGGCAAAGCAGAACGACACGCGCUCUCCCAGCUGAUCCCCUCACGAUGGCAGGGGCGGGCGGAUCACACGGCACCACCACCAAGUGGUCAGAGAACCCCCUUUAUGAGGGCCACAUUCAGAGUUUAGAGAACUAAACUUCAACAGGUACACAUGUGACACCAGGAACAUGUGUGAAGUGCAAUACCAAAUGUUUUCUCCCUGUAUGGACAGGGUUGAAGAAAGAUUAAAAAAAAAAUACAGCAAGGAUGUAGCCAACCUGCAAGACCCAGAGGUUGUUAACGGCUAUGUACACGGAGCAAAAGGUUCCCCAAGAGGAACCACAUGAACCUGCUGGGGGUCACUGCAGCUCCACAUUGGUGGAGCUGCCCUGACAUCAGCAGGUGACGUCACACAAAGCAUAAUAUACACCAUAGGAGGAUGGAUUUGGCCGUUAAUAAAGACUCUACUGAUAUGGUGUGGUUAUGUCUUGCUGGGCCUUUUAUGCUUAGGGGUCAUAUACUAUAUGAUCAAAAUAGGCCUUGGGCAACUCGUAAGAAAUUUUUGUAGCAAACAAUCGUCCAAUGUAAAGAAGCAGGAGGAGAGUAAUGCGUGAAGUAGGCCGGCCUAUACCACAUGAUUUUAUCUUAACAAACAGACCAACACAUAUAGACUCACAAGAGACAAGAAUCAAGCUGCAGCCAAGUCCUACAGAUUCUACCUUCACUCCACAUCGAGCCCAGACAGAAGCAAAACUUGAGCAGCCCGGAAAUCCUGAUAGAAUAUGGCAAGCAAUAUAACCUCGACACCAAUGGAGGGAGCAAACAAUUGCACCCCGGGAGAGUCCGAGAUCACUGGCUUAACCCAGGUAAUAUUUCGAACCAUAUUCUAUAGAGACAUGUUUGCUAUAGUUAUGUACUCUAUCAUGGCCUGCUUCCACCUCUUAAAAGAAGGAAGGUUAAUGGGAGGAGCAUUAGCAUUGCUAUACCUACUUAAGGCCUAUGCAGCUUUUUAUUAUACUGGAACAAUCAUUCCAUCCUACAAUAUUAUAUUCCUAUAUCAAAUGUACCUACCAGUCAAGCUAAGAGGAUGGACUUGUGUGAAUUUUCUCAUGUAUGUUGUCUCCGUACUAGGACAUGCUAUAGAAUAUUUAGGAGGGGAGAACAAGACACUCAUUAAUCUAGGAGUGGCUGUAAGCCUGGUUAUUAUCUACCUCACGUACUUAGACCAGCUCAAUAGAAACUCCCAAGGCAGCCUACGGAAACAAUGUGAGAAAAUAGCUAGUCAGGUAGCAAUAAUGACCACAGCCUGUGUACUAAGCACGGUUGUUGAAAUAGAUCCGGCAUGGGCUGUAAUCUGUUAUACUAAUUAUGUGGCGGGACGGGUAAAGAAUAACUAACAUCUAGGGUCAGUGUCAAGAGGACUCUGACCAAAAAACUCCUUUCCCCUUUCCUAUACUAAUAAAAACUGUUAACUAAUCACUGGCUUAACCCGGCCUAUACAGCCAGAUGGAGCUCCGGAAACCCCCAAACCGGAGACCGGAGGAAUGACUGAAAACAAUAGCGGACCAGCUAGAGCUACGGCAGACACGGAGGUGGCUGGUAUAGUAGAAAGCAUGUCCAACGUUGUAAUCACUUAUUCUUUCGAAGAAUGGCCCACAUUAGGUGGACCAAGCUAUCCAACCCGAAAUAAGAAAUCCAAAACUCCCUUAAAAAUCUCGGAUGACACCCCACGUGACGUGGGAUAUAUAGGAAGCACGUUAGCGGUAGAAAUGCAAGAAGUAAUUGACCAGGUGAUGGAAGAUCACCAUAACAACCCAAUUCAAAUUAACCCUGAUGCGGACACCUCAGACCCCUUUUUCUUAGAAUCGUUUAUUCAAGGAAUAGGCGACCUCACUGGGGACAAUAGAGAGUUGCCUCCGGGGGAACAGGAUAACCCAGACGGAGAGAUUACGGAAGCCUCUUCAACCGAAAGGAGGGUAACGUUUAACUUAGAGACUGGAAGCUCCUCGCCUAGCGACAAUGACUGUCAUUCUCCAGGCGAGGAGGGUGGUCACUGGGGAAAUCUAGAUAGAAACCCAUAUGCUAGAUAUCGAUGCGACCCAGGAGACAAAAUAGUAGUAGAUAGUAAAACUAAGGGGGCCAGGGUGUUGUCUUCACUUUGUUCUCCCGUUUAUAGCCAAAGGAAUCCCCCAGCUAACCAAGGGCUAGCACCCAGAGAAGUAAUGAUUUAUCAAUGUCCGGCGAAUACCCCCAGGGGCCACAGACUAGAUGGGCGGUCCUUGAACCGGGUGUCCCAAGCUCCCCGCUCAAGAAAGGAGCCUUAUGACCUAACAAGGGGACGGGGCGACACACAGACGAGACUCAGACAGCCUAGAGAGAUGAGCAGCCAUGGAUUUCUCUCUCCUGCAUCUAACACUCAUGCCCAAGGAGGACCAAACUUCAGGACUCGUGCGGCACCAAGAGACACAACUCCAAUGCGGUCUCCACCCCUGAUGGGCGUUGGGGCCCUCGUACGGGGCCACACUAGGUCUCUCCCUGCUCAACGACCAGAAUACUCCCAACAUACUCGGGGGAAAGGCUCCCACCCCCCCUCUGAGGUGGUUUUCCGAGAACAAGGAGCAGGCAAAAACCAGCUGUUCCAGUUCAAAGAGGGAAAGUGGUUCAGGACGAACAACCACAAUUUAAAGAACCCAGAGUGGGCCUUCGACCACAUUUGCGGUCUCCGGCUGGGACCCCGAGGAUGGCCCCAGAUAAAUGAGGUCUACCAACACAUCUGGCCCCUCAACUCCAUCAGAGAAGCUGACCACCUGAUGCAGUACUCCACUCUCGUCGCCUCCUCACCAGAGGACACCAGGAGGUAUUCUGACCCGAGCAUUAUACACCUGUCCCGGAAGCUGUUUUUUCAUCUCCCCACAAGGAAGAGAUUCUGUAUCCUGGAAGGCGGCAAUGGACGACACAUCAUCUACUUGGAACAACCCCAACCCCCUUCCAUCUGGGAUUGGGCUCCGACUUCGGAUGAAGUUGGACCCCCCAGGCCUUGGCGCACAUAAACAGAGAACUUGGGCCCCCACAAUGACAACACCCACACACUAGUACACAUACACUCACGCAUACACAAGUACACAUAUGCACAUAAACUGAUACGGCAUAGGUGCAUGGGAGGAUGACGUGUGUCCCGAUAGGACUCACUAUAUUGGUGCACCUAGCCGUUCCAGAAUCACUCCAGAAUCAUGCUGUGACACCAUGCUUUCAACAAAGUCACCAUAUAUAUUGUGUAUCUCAUAUCUUAUGAUAAAGAAAAUUGGUUUCUUUAUAACUUCUUAUAUACCUCUUAUGAUAAAGUAAAUUGAUUGCUUUAUAAC